UCUUACGCCCCCACUCGUACACUCCCUAUGUCAGCGCAAAUUUCGGUCAAAGUUGAGUUCGGCGGUGGUCUCGAGCUCCUCUUCGACAACCAGCGAUCGCACCGCGUCUCUGUGCCCGUGCGUGUUGCCGCUACGCCCGCGGAGAAGAAGAGCCUCAAGGACGAUACGGGAGCGGCAGAGGGCGAGGGUCGGCAGGCGGACGUCGCGUAUCUGAUCCUGUGGCUGAGGGACAAUCUGCUGAAGGAGAGGGCGGAGCUGUUCGUCGAGAAUGGCACGGUGCGACCGGGUAUCCUUGUGCUCGUGAAUGACACCGACUGGGAGCUCGAGGGCGAGGGGGACUAUCAGCUCAAGGACGGAGACGAGAUUGUGUUCAUCUCGACGCUGCACGGAGGAUGAUCGAGAGGCAUCGAGACCGGUCACCGUACGCAUACCAGCUGGUGCGAGUCGCGAUGACGUUCAAGACAUAGGUCAAUCGGCCUCGUCGAUGUCCGCGUGCCUGCUACCGUCAAGUUCCCAUUACACGAGCCUGACGGCCCUGGGCCUUACGGACGUCAACGGCGGACGAAGGGUGAUAGGCAUACAACGGGGGAAGGGCAGGCGGAGGAACCCUAUUGUACGCAUUGUACGGAAAGAUGAGAGGUAGCAGCG